AUGGGGAUAGACGACCGACUCACUAGUCUCGAACAAAGGGUACAGGCGUUGGAAGAUCAGCCCGUGCAGCCAGCUGGCGUGCCGCAUGAUAUCCAGGAUUUGAUGAAUACCGUAGAUCGCCUAAAGCUCGAGCUUAACGAUCGGGAUCAAGAGCUCCUAUCAACCGAAGUCGAAAUAACGGGAAUUGAGGAAACAAAUAAUGAAAAUCCGGUCCAUUUGGCAGUUCUUGUGGCGCAGAAGUUGGGCGUGGAAAUGGAUUCAACAGAUGUGGUUAGUGCUGAGCGCGUGGGCGUGAAGCGCGCCCCGAAUGACGGCGACGGCAGCGGCGGCGGCGACGGCUCAGCCGGGCGGCCGCGGGCGCUGGUGGUGCGGCUGACGCGCCGGGUCCACCGGGACAACCUGCUGCGCGCGGCCCGCCGGGCUCGUGGCGCAGACACCUCCGGCUUCGAACUUCCUGGCGCGCCUCGUAGGUUCUAUGUGAAUGAACGACUUACGCGCAACAAUCGGCAGCUCUUCUACAAGGCGCGCCGCGAGGGCGCGCGCCUUAACUGGAGAUACAUCUGGACUCGCGACGGUCGGGUAUACGCCAGGCGCCAGUCUAACACUCAAUCUCACAGGGUGCGCUCGGAAGACGACCUAGUAAAAAUUUUUGGUGUUGCUUCUGUUGGCUCGUAA